CAUGCCCCUGUGCCCCCACUGACCGCCGUCUCCAGCACCACCCCCUCGGGGCGCUGCCACCCGCCGUGCCCAUCCCCUCCAACGCUGCCACCGCGGCCAUGGGUGACUCCUACACCGCCGCCUUCCCCAGCGCCCCGGGGCUGCUCUCCCCCUCUGCCAGCCCCCAGGCAUCGCCCGGUCCCUACGGCCCCGACUACAGCCCCUUCGGCCACCCCUUCCCGGCGCCCAGCGGUGCCCAGGAGGUGCUGGGGGGCCCCGUGGUGGUGACGGCCAAGGGGCACCCCCCGGGCGACUGCCUGCCGGGGGUUUACCCUUCCCUGGAGAUGCCUCACCCCUACGGCUCCUGGUACAAGGGUGGCAUCGGCGGGGGGCUGCCGGGGGGCUCGGGCCCAGCGGCGCCCUCCUGGUGGGACGUGCACCCCAACGGGGGGUGGCUGGGGGGAGCCCCGACGGGCGCCGAGGGGCUGCAGGGCUCCUUGCAAGCCCAACCUACCCUCAGCCCCCCGCUCCCCACUUACGGCUCCGAGUUCGCCUCUCUCAACCCCCCACCUUACGCCGGCAACCCGGUGGCCCCCCCGACCCCGAAACCCCCUCCUGGAACCGCCGACGCCCCCAAGGGUCCCCGCGGCGGUUCUCUGGGAGGGGCUGGGGGGGGCGGCGGGGGUCGCCCGGCUUGCGAUUGCCCUAACUGCCAAGAGCUGGAGCGGUUAGGGGGGGCGGCGGCGGCGGCGGGCGGGGGGGCAGGAGGAGGAUCCCGGCGGAAGGCCGUCCACAGCUGCCACAUCCCGGGCUGCGGGAAGGUCUACGGCAAAGCCUCGCACCUCAAAGCCCACCUGCGGUGGCACACGGGGGAGAGACCUUUCGUCUGCAAUUGGCUCUUCUGCGGCAAGCGCUUCACCCGCAGCGACGAGCUGGAGCGCCACGUCCGCACCCACACCCGCGAGAAGAAGUUCACCUGCCUGCUCUGCAGCAAGCGCUUCACCCGCAGCGACCACCUCAGCAAGCACCAGAAGACCCACGCCGAGAGCGGGGGGUCGCCGGCCCCCCAAAAGAGCAACCCCGCUGCUAGCGGCGGCGAGCAGCAGCCUCCGCCGCAGCCUCCGCCGCCGCCGCCGCCCCCGGAGGCUUCCCCUCAUCAGCCGCCGCCGGCAUCGCCGGGCAAAGAGGCUGCGAGCCCCGAGACCCCCGGGGGGCUGUUGGAGAUUUAG